GAGAAAUUAUAAAAAUCAAAUAAGAAUAUGAACCAUAAAUAAACAAGUGCAUAUAUAUAUUUUUAACAAAAACAAAUAUUAUUAUUAAGAAAAACUAUAGUUCCAGCAGAUCUCUAAAAUGUUCUACUCAAAAUAAAGUGGUAAUUCAAUCAAAUAUUAAACUUUGUUGAUAUUUUAAAUCAAAAAUAUAAGAUCAACAAUACCACACUAUGUAAUAGCAACACAUAACAUUUGUUAUCAUUAACUUAUUUUCCCUUUUGCUUAAUUUCAGUCCUCUUCAUUCUGAGUAAACUCCGGCAUCUUCAGUCAAAUGGUUCCUCCAAAGUACAAGCUGCGAACUUCCACCAUUGAAUAUGUUGUGGGCCAUAGACUCAGUCAACGUGUCCACACAUAAAUGGCUGCUUGGGAGAACUUCCCGAAGAACCAAUCAGAAGAAAGACGACCGUAGUAAAUUUGCGCCUCCAUCAACGGUAUGAUUGUCACAUGCUUCCACAUGUACACCGCCCCGCACCUGAUCCCGAGCGCCACUUCAUCAAUCCAUUUCCCAAACAGAAAUAAUAAAUACAAAUUAUAAUUAUUUAUUUUUCUUUAUUAAGUAAGCAAAAAAAAGAAAGAAGAAGAAGAAGAGCAGAAGUCCCCCCCCUAACAUGCACGAGAUGAAAGCGUAAAUAGAAUUUGAAGACUCUCGCAUCGCACUUAAGGAUCUUGAAACCCUAAUCUUUUACAUCGUGUACUCGAUUGCUUGUUAAUCAAGCAAGGAAUCUCCGCGAGAUCUGUGUGGGAUGCGCUGUGCUUCGUCUUAGUGGAAACGAGGAGAUAAUAUAUGAAGAGAAGUUUCGCACAUUGAUGAAUCAAAUCCGUCGCUGGCGGAGGAUUUUGAUCCUCUCUCUGCUACUGCUAUCCGUCGUUACUCCGAUUGUCUUCCUCUCGAAUCGGAUCAAGAGCAUCACUUCCGUCGAUAGAGGAGAGUUCAUUGAAGAAGUGUCUGACAUUAGGUAUAAGACGAAUGAUGAUCUUAGACUCACCGCCUUUGAACAGGAUGGAGAAGGCUUCAAGGAGCCUAAACGAAUUCUGAAGGAUGAUGAGUUGAAUCCUGUGGUUAGGUCUAGUGUUUCUAAUAAAAGUCAUGAUGGUUCGCAGUCUAGUGAGCGAGACAAAACACUUGGUCUCUCAGAAAUUAGUGGGGGAAACAGUAACAAAACAAAGGAGGAGCAGUCAUUAGUUUCACAGCAAACCAAUAGCUCUGAUACAGCGGAGAAAAUUUCAGCAAAAGAUAUUCAAGCUAGUCCUAAAACCAAGUUCCAGCGCCCUUUGGCUAAGAGUGAAAAGAAUUCAAGGGCUCAGCUUGGACGAGCAACAGAUGAUAGGAUAAAGGAGAUCAGAGACAAAAUCAUCCAAGCUAAAGCCUAUCUGAAUUUGGCCCUGCCUGGGAAUAACUCCCAAAUAGUGAAGGAGUUGAGAGUUCGAACAAAAGAGCUGGAACGGGCUGUCGGUGAUGCCACCAAAGACAAACAUUUGUCAAAGAGCUCUCCUCAAAGAUUGAAAGCCAUGGAACUUGCAUUAUACAAAGUCAGUCGGGUCUUUCACAACUGCCCUGCCAUUGCUACCAAACUCCAUGCCAUGACUUAUAAAUCCGAAGAACAAGCUCGGGCGCAGAAGAAGCAAGCAGCACAUUUAAUGCACCUUGCAGCAAGGACUACCCCAAAAGGACUUCACUGCCUCUCAAUGCGUUUGACAACAGAAUACUUUACCCUGGAUCAUGAAAGAGCAAAGCCUUUUCAGCAAAGUUAUAUCAAUCCUGAUCUCUACCAUUACGUUGUCUUCUCUGACAAUGUUUUGGCCUGUGCGGUUGUUGUUAACUCUACAAUUUCCUCGUCAAAGGACCCGGGAAAGAUAGUAUUCCAUGUGGUGACGGAUUCACUCAAUUACCCAUCAAUCUCAAUGUGGUUUAUUUUAAACCCAGUUAGCAGAGCAACAAUCCAAAUCCUAAACAUUGAUGAUAUGAAUGUCCUGCCUCUAGACCAUGCUCAAUUGCUGAUGAAGCAAAACUCAAGUGAUCCGCGAGUCAUUUCAGCGCUCAACCAUGCACGCUUCUAUCUCCCGGAUAUUUUUCCAGGUCUGAACAAGAUCAUAUUAUUUGACCAUGAUGUAGCAGUUCAGAGAGAUCUAAGUAGCCUGUGGAGCCUCAAAAUGAAUGGGAAAGUUAUUGGAGCUGUAGAGACUUGUCACGAAGGUGAACCUUCAUAUAUUGCUAUGGACACACUCAUAAACUUCUCAGAUGCAUGGGUUGCCGAGAAAUUUGACUCUAAGGCUUGCACUUGGGCGUUUGGGAUGAAUCUGUUUGAUCUCAAAGAAUGGAGAAGACAGAAUCUGACAUCUGUGUACCUGAACUACUUCAACCAGGGAGUAAAAAGACAUCUCUGGAAAGCGGGGAGCUUGCCACUAGGUUGGUUGACAUUCUUUGGGCAAGCGAUACCAUUGGAGAAGAGAUGGAAUGUGGUUGGGUUAGGACACGAAUCAGGAGUCAAAGCAGGAGACAUCGAAGAAGCAGCGGUUAUACACUACGACGGGAUCAUGAAGCCAUGGCUGGACAUCAGGAUAGACAAAUACAAGCGGUACUGGAACAUACAUGUAGCUUACCAUCACCCAUACUUGCAACGGUGCAACAUUCACGAUUGAUUUUUCUAAACAGAGUUUCCCACAAAACUUAGGAUUCGAUUCAAUUCAUUUCUUUGUUGAUGUUAUAAUUAGCUUCAUUCUUUUUACAAUAUCUCAUGUAAAUUUUGGUACUUUUUGAUACAAUACAACACAAUUAUUUUUUGAGAGCUUAAUGACAAGAUUUGGUUAAUAGCAGCG